AUCCAUGCUGCACACGAGUGAAGGGAUUUCUGCUGGUUUCAAUCAUGGCAGCGGAUUCUGAAACUUUGAAUGAUGUCGAGGAUUUCCAAACCUUCGUGACUCUACACAGCAGGGCCCUGCAGUCCUCGGGGAUUCCCAGUCUCUACUGGAACAGUCUGCAUCACAAAAUAUCUAACGAGAUUUACGAUGCCGGGGACGUUUUCGGAAUAAUGCAGGUCCUGCAAAAAGAAGAGGAAGAAAAUGACGGGAGGCAGAAAGACGAUGGUGGAGCCGUCAUCGGUUGUAAAGUGGUGGUUACCCGGGACAGCGGGCUGCAGGUCUCCCAGCCGGACAGUGUAUUCCUGGUUGAUCACGCGUGGACGUACCAUGUGGAGCAGGCGCGGCAGCAGCUGGAGCAGAUCCCGGGCCUGCUGCACAGAAUGGCCUCCCUCAUGGGGGUUCCCUUUCACGGGGAAGUUCCCAAUCCAGACACCGUUUCACUGGUCUUAGAGGAAAUGUGGAAGUACAACCAAACCUAUCACAUAUCUCAGGGGUCAGCAGAGGAGAAGGUUCCGGUGUGGUACAUUAUGGAUGAGUUUGGCUCCCAGGUGCAGCACUCCCACCAGCCCACUUGUUGCAUGGCUCCUUUCUUUUACACGCAGGGCCAGUUGGCCUACACUGUGCUCUGGCCUCGCCAGGAUCUGCUGAAAGGAGAGGAAGUUACUCGUGACUUUGCUUAUGGAGAAGCUGAUCAACUGGUGAGGCGUUGUCGUCUCCUCCCCUGGAUAUGUGAUGAUCUGGAGGGCGUGAGCAGCGUCAUCUCGGAGCCAUCAGACCUGUAUUACGAGACUAUUGUGGCGGAAAACAGAGAGCAACUUCCUGUGGAAAUUAAACCAUACACUUUUCCCGAGGACAAAAUCUUCAAAGUUUUCUCAGAAAUGUCACAAGUAACCAACAACCUGACUCACCCACGCUUCCAGCUGACAGAAGAGGAGGAAGAAGCUGAUAUCAUCUGGGCUUAUAACCACAUCAAAGACUACAGGAAACUGAGUGAGGAUCGACCUGAGGUUCUGCUGAACCAGUUUCCCUGUGAGAGCAUCGUCACGGUGAAGGAUUCUCUGGCUGCCGUUGCUCGCAGAGUGAAAGCUGGUCAGUCUCCUGACUGGCUCCCCCAGACCUUCAACCUGCAGACAGAGCUGCCACAGUUCACCAAACACUUCCAGCUCAGACAUCAGAGGGCGGAAGAUAACCACUGGAUCUGUAAGCCCUGGAACUUAGCCCGCGGCCUGGACAUACACGUUACCAACAACCUGGACUACAUCAUCAGACAGAGAGAGAGCACACCCAAGGUGGUGUGUAAGUACAUUGAGGAUCCAGUUCUGUUCCACAGGGAGGAAGUGGGAAUGGUGAAGUUUGAUUUCCGUUACAUGCUGAUGUUGCGAUCUCUGCAGCCUCUGCGUCUUUACGCUUACGACGUAUUCUGGCUCCGCUUUGCUAACAGACCGUUCUCCUUGGACCAUUUUGAUGAUUACCAGAAACAUUUCACUGUAAUGAACUAUGCUGAAGGCGUGGACCUUAAACAGGUGCACUACGAUGAGUUCAUCCCCAAGUUUGAAGAGCAGUUCCCUCAGUAUCCAUGGAAGGAUGUGGAAGCCAAGUUGUUUGCAGCGUUCAGGGAUCUGUUUGAAGCAGCUUCGUCCCGGCCAGCUCCGUACGGGAUCUGUCCUUAUCCCUCAUCCCGGGCCAUCUACGCUGCUGACGUCAUGCUCAAGUGGAGCACAGGACCACAUGGUGAGCGGGUCAUGCAGCCUCAGAUCCUGGAGCUGAACUUCAGCCCCGACUGUGCCCGGGCCUGUUUGUACCACCCCGACUUCUACAACCACAUGUUCCAGACGCUGUUCCUGGACCGGCCGGAGGACUGCCCCGUCACACGGAUACUAUAACCAAUCAGCCGGAGGACUGCCCCGUCACACGGAUACUAUAACCAAUCAGCCGGAGGACUGCCCCGUCACACAGAUACUAUAACCAGCUCCAUCUCAGAACUAUGUCUCUGUUGUUUUACUGGUUAUUGAAAGACAUCUCCUGGACUGUCAAUAAUGAACUGGUUCACCAGUUUCAUUGGAGCAAUGUUAAUCUGAUGUUGUUUUUGCAUCUUCAUCAUCUUUGUUAGUUUUGUCAACUCAUUUAAAAAAGAAUACUGAAAGGUUGUUUUGAAAAACUGGAUGUGAAUAAAUCUAAAACAAAUAAGAAGCAAUGAAGUUGGAGUUGAAUAAAC